CUGAUAUUCCAGAUAGCAAAAAUAGUAUAUGUAAAAGCCUUGUUGAAAAAAGAAGAGAUGAUAAUGUUAAAAACACUAGCAAGGAGGCUUCUUCAAGAAGAAGUGGAAGGGCUCAGAAUACCCUCUCAAGAUCUGUUUCAGUGGGGGCUAUUCGAGGAGGAAAGUUGGCAUUGAAGAGAUUGCUUGAUUUGCACUCAUAUAGUGCUGAUACUUCUUCCCUUGCAAAUGCUGAAAUCGAAUUUGAAUCCUUGCUUUCCAAGGAAAAGCCGGAUUUUGAGUUGCUUCAGAGAGACAUUGUGAAGAUGGAAAUGAGUGGAAAUGAAGCAAAAGGAGCGGAGAUAUUAAAGAAAGCAUUAGAGAAAGCAAGAAAAGAAGAGAGAGAGGUCAUGAGGCUUAUGAGAUUGAAAUGUUGCUUGUGGAGAUGUUGAUCUACUUGGGAAACAUUGAAGAGGCUUUAAAAUGUAAAUGUUUAGAGGAUGAAGUCAUAACAGAUGCAAGACGUCCUCUUUACCAGGCUAUAAUCCAGUAUCUUAGUGGACAUCCUGAGAAGCAAGUGGAGGAGACAUUCAACAGGUUCAGGGAGAUUCAGAUCGGUCUACAAUGGCCUGGAAGCUCAGAAGAGUGUGAGACUCAUGAAGUCACAUUUGAUGAGUUCAAGAAAGUGCUGGAGUCUCUCAAGUCAGAAAUCCAAGACAGCACGAAAAUAAAUAUUGAAAACUCAACUCCACUAGACAAACAACACUGACAUUGACA